AGGAUCAUGGUCUUCAGGACGCUGUUGAAGAUCGGCGGGUUCAAACCCCGCCAGCUCCAGUCCACCACAGUCCAGUCCGUCCAGCACCGGCUCACAGCAACAGAGCGGACGCGACAGCUGAGGACGGCAUUUUGAGGAGGUAUGAAAUGGGCAGAAUGCUUGGUGAGGGAUCGUUCGGCUCUGUUUAUGAAGCCAAACGCUUGGAGGACGGCCUUCAGGUGGCAGUGAAAAUUGUCAGCAAGCCGCUGGACAUGAAAUACAUCGACAUUCCUGGUCAUCCCGCACCCGUGCCAUUAGAGGUCGGCCUAUUAACCCUUGCUAACAGCGGCCCCAAAGUCUCCGAGAUCAUCGAGCUGCUGGACUGGCAGGACCAGCCUGACCGAUACAUCAUGGUCUUGGAGCGUCCCACACCCUGUACAGAUCUGUGGGAGUUCUGGAAUGAUCACGAUGGAAUCCUACAGGAGGACACAGCGCGGGUUAUUAUGGCGCAGGCAACAGUGGCGGCUCAGAUGUGCUGUCGCCGUGGAGUGUUUCACCGGGAUAUUAAGCUGGAGAACCUGCUGAUCAACCCAGAAACUCUUGAGGUCAAACUCAUCGACUUCGGGUGCGGGGAUCUCCUGCAGGACUCUGGCUAUGAAACAUUCUGUGGCACUCUCGACUACCGCCCGCCUGAGUCCUGCACAGAGGGCAAGUACCACGGCAAACCAGCGACUGUGUGGUCUCUGGGAGUGCUUUUAUUCCUGCUGGUGUGUGGACGCCUUCCAAAAGCACGAGACAGGCGAAUGAUAGAACAAGACAUCUGGUCUAAGCCGCGCUUGUCCAACGAAUGCUGCCUCCUGAUCCGAUCCCUCCUGAAGGAAAGCCCAAGACAGCGCAUUUAUUUGAGGAAAAUCCUUCAGCAUGAAUGGUUUAAGAAUAAGCCAUGAAGAGGAGUGUGGGGAUUGGUCUUUUAGUUCCUGUGAAAGCUGCUCUCCACAGAUCCUGCACUGGAUCCAGAGUUUCAGUCUUCGAAAGCUUUAUAUAUAUUUUUUAACCUUUUGUACUUUGACUGAAUUAUUGGCUUGUCUGUUUGCUAUUCUCCUCGCUGCCUGCUAUGAGUUUGGUUGCGUCUUGGCUGUCUAAGCCUCGUAUUAGCUUCAUAUUUCCUUCUGUUUUUCCGUAUUUCUUUCUUUUAUUCUAUUCUGAACCAUCAUUUAACUCAUAAUUACAACUCGGACUGUUGGCCAGACCAUUAUAGCCAUUAUACGGCUGGAACUGCAAAUACGGUUGGAACGUUUGGUUGUUGGUUGUAGAGCGAGACACUGCUUCACUGCUGCUCGUCCUGCAAUCGAUUGCCAAACGCGUUCUUUACACUCACUUACUAUCGAACAUUUUCCUAUACGUGAGUCAUGCGUCUACACUACACCCGUACCACUAAAAAGACGGAUUAUACCUAAGUCUUGAGUCAUAAAUUAGUAUAAAUACUAAACACUUCUCCACCCAGAACCGUUUCUCCCCUCUUCGUGAAAGAUUCCACCGUCCGACACGUCCACGCUACGUUAGGUAAAAGUAAGGUGCACAGUCAUUGCUUUCCUGGUGCUCGUGUUCUCGAUAUCACUGCGCGGGUAACUAAGAUUUUGAACGGUGAAGAGCACGUCGGAGCUGUUGUGCUGCACGCGGGAGCUAACGACACUAGGUUCCGACAGACGGAGGUUCUGAAGAAAGACUUCAGGAGCCUUAUCGAUACGGUACGCAGCUAAUACAGAAUCUAGUAGCUAGGAUCUCGUGUUUGCCGAGGCAGCAUGUAGGUUACAAGUCUACUUUGCAGUUUGCUGUGUGAGUAAGAGGCAUGAACAGUCAGCUCCUGAGGGUGCUGGCUGUGUUCAUUGAGAAAUAAUAGCCUGUCGACUUUCUUCUCGAGAGAUGAAGCCAAAUAUAUUGUUUACUACUCGAAUCUCGCGUUUGUUAAGGCAACGCGUUACGGGGUCUGCAAUAAAAGGGACACACGCGAUCUGAUAAAUAAUACUGUUUAGGUGCGAGGCAUUCACAGUCAGCUUUUGAGGGUGCUGGCUGUGUUCGUUGAGAAAUAUCUUGACGCGUACAGCCGUGCGCUGUCAGAUGUUUCAGUCUCGCUCUCGCGCCUUCUUCUCCAGGGAUGAAAGCCAAAUUAAAAGGGCUCGUAUCUCGCGUUUGCCGAGGCAGCGUGUAGGUUACGAGAUCGUAUAAUUAAAUAUAAAACAGUAUUCUGGUGUUUAUGGCUGCAUUUAUUUCCUACAGCCUACCAUACAGACCGUGUUUCACUUAUCCCGUGUUAUGGCUGCAUUUAAUUCCGAGGAGUUAAUUAAAAAUUGUAUCUGACUUAGAACUUGAUUAGAUAAUUUAAUUCAGCCUACCAUCCGAAGGAGAGUAUCGCUUCUUGAGGUCCCUCUCAAAAAAAAAAGCCCCCCCACCACCACCACCCAAAAGAGAGCGAUAAAGAUCC